AUGGAGCUUUUUCCUGAAGACUUAACAAACACUUUUGAAGUUAAGGAUCACUUUAAUUUUGGAGGUUAUGGAAUUAUCUAUAGAGCCAUAAAGAGAAGUAAUUUUUAUUCAGGCAAUGGACAAAUGUACGCAAUAAAGGCUGUAGCCAGAAAUAGCACAGGGUCAACCUGGAAGGAUAUUGGAGCUGAGUUGCAAGUACUCUCAUGGGCCAAUCCAUAUAAGCUUCGUUUAGACUCCUUUUUUGUUAAAGGUGAAACUUUCUAUAUGGUCAUAGAUUAUUGUAGAAAUGGAGACCUUCUUAAAGCCAUAGUUGAUAAGAUUAGCGCCGAUGAAAUGUUUGAAGAAGACGAAAUCUGAAAAUAUUUCAUCCAGAUCUGCUUUGGGCUCGAGUCUUUGCACUACAACGGAUUUACUCAUCGAGAUCUUCAUCCACAAAAUAUCCUCUUACUCCCCCCCCCCCCUCCGUGAGCGAACAAAAAAAUUUUGUUCGCUCACGGAGGGGGUUAAUUUUUUUUUUUAAAAAAAAUUUAUAUAUAAAUUUUAUAAAAAAAUAUUUUUUUUCGAAAUUUAAAAAAAUCCUAAUUUGCAAAAAUUGGGAAGCAAAUAUUAAUUUAAUUUGCAAAAUUUAUGUUUUAAAACGCAAUUUGUUUAAAAUUAAACAGAAUUAGCUCUAGAUUUCAUUAUACUAAUUAUCACUUAUAUAUCAAAAUUUUUUUCCAUUAAAAUUUUUUCUAUUAAAAAAAUUUUUGUUCACUCACGGAGGGUGGGUUUUUGGUCAAAAAAUGGCGAUUUUUCUAAUGGUUUUGUUCGCUCACGGAGGGGGGGGGGAGUUUAGACGAAAAUAAAGAUAUUAAAAUAGCUGAUUUUGGCACUUCUCGCUCUUUACAGACCAAAACAAUUCAGGGUGUUGCCAGUUACCAGUCUCCUAGGACUCAUAGUGGAGAUCCUCAGGCUAAAGAAAGUGAUGUUUGGGCAGUCGGCUGCAUUUUGUAUUAUCUCUGCAACCUUGAGCAUCCUUUUGGCGAUAAUGUGAAUAAAAUAAAAAAUGCACCUCAUAGGCCAAUAAGAAGCGAAUACUCUAAUGAAUUGAGGUAUUUCGUUGAUUGGUGCCUAAAAAAGCGGCGAAUAGAGAGGCCCAAAAUAGUUGAUAUCUUAACUCAUGAGUUUAUAGUCAAUAAAACUCUAAGCUUAGGCAUUACAAUUCCACAAGCAUCUGCAAUGAAUGCAGCUAUUUGCCAAAUUCAACUUGAGAAAGAAAGGGAAAGAAAUGAGCAGCUUGAAAAAGAGUUAUCUAAAUACAGAAAAGAAAACAUAGUCCAGAAAAAUGAAAUUGAGUGGCUUAGAGCAGAAAUCGCUCGCUUGAGCAGCAUAAUAAAUGGAAAUAAAAAGAGCGAGAAAGGCCUCAAAGACAGUAAUGAAGACCUGCUUAAUUCUCAAACUAUUAAAAUAAAUCAAGAUCUUAUCAAAAAUAAUGAAACAGAAAAAGCCCAAAGCAUUCAAGAGCUAAGAGAGAAGAGGUCUGAAAUUUUAAAUAGACCAAAUGACCCAGAAUUAGAGCAAGACUUUAGGAGAACCUGCUCAAAGUUCAGUAGCGAUGUCUCUGUUGAUCAGCAAGCUUAUCAAGAUUAUACUAAUGCUUAUCGCCAAAAAACAUCUCUUUAUACAAUUAGAGAUGAUGAUAAUAACGAGAACUAA